GGGCCAGGUGGGAGCCUGUUUGGGGCGGGGCCGUCCUGAGCCACCGCUCUGGGGAGGUCCGAUUCGUCCCGUAGCAUUUUGUUGGGUUUGCUGUCUUCUCAGCGGAAGGCAGAACUUCGGGGAAGUCAGCGCGUGCGGGUGGAAGAUGAGUUGGAGCUUGACCGCAAGUCCAGGAAGGGUCGCCGCGCCGCCCCUGCGUGAGGGACCUUGGAUAGUGAAAGUGGAAGAGGACUCACCUGGAGGGCGGGAGGCCGACCUGCCCGGGGACUGUCAGGAUCCCGAAACUUCCCGACUGCGUUUUAGGCGGUUCCGUUAUCAGGAGGUGGCCGGACCCGAAGAGGCGCUGAGCCGGCUCAGGGAACUUUGUCGUCAGUGGCUGCGGCCCGAGAAGCACUCGAAAGAGCAGAUCCUGGAGCUGCUGGUGCUGGAGCAGUUCCUGACCAUCCUGCCCCGGGAGCUCCAGGCUUGGGCGCGGAAGCGCCGCCCGGAGAGUGGGGAGGAGGCUGCCGCCCUGGUGCGGGCUCUUCAGCGAGCACUUAACGGGACCUCACCCAAGGGGUUGGUGACAGCCCGGGAUGUGGCUGCAUCUCUCACCUGGGAGGAGUGGCAGCAUCUGGGCCCAGCACUGAGGGACGCCUACAGGGAGGGCACGCUGCAGGGUUGUGGGAACACAGCCUCGCCAGGUUCGGAAACCGGAACCGAGAACAGAGAGUUGAUUCCAAAGCAAGAAACUCUAGACGAAGUGGAGCCCCAGGGGCAGCUACCAGGGUCCCAGGAGCACCUGUCUUGCGAGUGGGGUGAGGCGCAUGAGGACAGGGCAGAAGAGCACUCAGGGAAGCCCUCAUCGCUGAAACUUGAACAUUCUCCUGAAGAGCCGGGAGUCCCCGGCAUCUCAGAUCUCCAGAACGGCCCCAGAGAAGAGAGAGACUCCAAAAUCAGUGAAUUGGGGAAGAGCAUCAGAAGUUCAGACUCUGUUCUUUGUCAGCACGUGCAGACCGCAGAGAGUCCCCUGCUGGGUGACGGCCGUGGGGACAGCUGCAAACACAGCUUAGCUGUGGUAAAACCCCACAAAAAUAUUGACCAGGAGGGAAAUUGCCAGGGUCCGGGCCUUUUGGAGACCCCAAGACGGUUCCCAGAAGAAAGACCUUACAAAUGCGAUAAAUGUGUGAAGGGUUUUAAACAGCGUUCUGACCUCUUGAAGCACCAGAGAACCCACACCGGGGAGAAGCCCUAUAAAUGCCAAGAAUGUGGAAAGCGCUUCAGCCAGAGCGCCACCCUCAUCAAGCACCAGAGGACGCACACGGGCGAGAAGCCAUACACGUGUCCCAGGUGCGGGGACCGCUUCAGGCAGAGCUCACAUCUCAGUCGGCAUCAAAGGAUCCAUCUGGGGGAGAAGAGCUACAGAUGCGCCGAGUGCGGGGGCACCUGCCGGGUGGCCCACCGUGCCAGGCACCAGCGAGCACACGCCGGGGAGAGGCCCUACACGUGUGAGGAGUGUCACAAGGGCUUCAAACGGUGCUCCGACCUCGCCAAGCACCAGAGGAUCCACACCGGGGAGAAGCCCUACGGGUGUUCCGCCUGCGGGAAGCGCUUCAGCCAGAGCGCCACCCUCAUCAAACACCAGAGAACUCACACCGGCGAGAAGCCCUACAGGUGUCUUGAAUGUGGGGAGAGCUUUAGACAGAGUUCCCACCUCAUCCGACACCAAAGAAUCCAUAGAAAUAAAGUCCUGUCAUUUUGACAUGCUUCUGCCUGAGCUGUUUUGUUUCUCUCUCUCUCCCUCUCUCUCUCUUUGUUUCCAGAAACCACAUUCUUUGGCUUUGGAGUAUUUCAGUCACUGUGGAUGGAAUUGCCUUGGGCAACACACCCAAAACAGAGUCCGACUGCAGCCUUGGGACGUACUUGGAUAACCUAUCGCCAGGACGGAGGGAGAUACUCAGGUCGGGAGCCGCAUCAAGGAGACGCUGACAUGAGCGAGGGCUGACCCGUGACAGUCUGUCCUCGUCUCUUCACGCUUCCUACCUCUGCUUUUGGACCAAACCUUGCCCACUCCAGUUACUUCCCAGAGAAUGGAUUUCCGUCACUUAGAGCUGUCUUGCUACUUAGAUGGUCAAUAUUUUAUAACCGAAAACACCCUGUAAAGUUCAGUGCCUACAAGAAACACUCUAUAUUUUUGACUUUGUGAAAAACUAAUUUUGCAGAGUCCCUGUUGCUUUCUCAUUCUUUGCUUGUUUGGUUAGCCACAGCUACAAAUUUGGAUUAGAGCCUAAAUCUUUCUUACUAUCUCUCUAGUGCUGUACACAAAUAACAUAUAUUGCAUCCAAAUUCUUUUUGAACUUUUUUUAUAUUAAGGGAAUAUAAGUACAUUAUUUGAUAUUUAGGGACACA